CUCUUUAAAACUGGUUCAUUUAUAGUUAUAGUUCUUGUUCUCGGUGUAAAUGGCUUUUCAAAAAGUUGACAUCGAUUUUGAGAGUCCACUUAAUGUACUUAAGCCAGGUCAGCAGUUGAACGCGGAUGAUAAAUGAGGCUGUUUACUGUCCUCCGGUCAUGCUUUGAGAUGCUGCAGCCUUAAUUGCAUUACCUAACUGGCCUGAGUACUUGCUCAUGUCUGUUAUUAGAAGUUCACCAGUCAACCAUCUCACCAGACAACCCAAGUAAUUCACCAAAGCACUUGGUGAAUAAAUAUACCAGAACUGAAAGAAUGAGAUUAUACUUAAGGAGCCAGGCAGAAACGUGAUGUCUUGGUUAGUGUGAUUUAUGACCAGAGGUGCCCCAUAAGCUCAAUUCAUGCGAAUUAUGCAUAGAGUGAAUCAGCUGCAGUGGGAGUCUGACUUGUUUUUGGCCUCGUAAUUAGCAGAGAGUGAAUCAGCUGCAGUGGGAGUCUGACUUGUUUUUGGCCUCGUAAUUAGCAGAUGGUGAGUAUGGAUGCAUAAAAUUUUCAUUCAUGAAUGUGAGACUGCGAAUGAGCUAAUUUUCUUGCAGCAAAUGGAAGAGAUUCAGUGCGCCAUCUGAUGUUACCAUCUUCUUGCUGGCACGUGCCUGCCCUCAUCUCAACUAAACCAUGGGAUCAUUACGAAAGCCCAGGCCCCGUUUCAUGAGCUCGCCUGUGCUGUCCGACCUUGCCCGCUUUCAUGCCAGCUCGCCAACACUGCAGCUGUCCAACGCUAGUGUUUGGAACAGUGUACAAACGGCUGUAAUUAAAGUCUUCCAAGGUGGGGGGCUACAGGCCAAUGAGCUCUACACCCUGAACGAAAGCAUAAGGUGGCUUUUGAGGACCGAGCUGGGAUCAUUUAUCACUGAAUACUUUCAGGAUCAGCUCUUGAAUAAGGGUCUGACGUAUAUUUUGGAGAAGAUUCAGCUUCAUAACGAUGAGACUCGUCUCCAAGCGGUGUCUGAGAUGUGGGUGAGGUUUUUCACAGACAUCCUGCCAACUCUUCAAGCUAUUUUCUACCCCGUGCAGGGUCAGGAGUUGACUGUGAGGCAGAUGGCUCUGCUAGGCUUCAGGAACAUGGUUCUGUUGAAACUUCCUGUGGAGAACAUGUUUCAGGGCUCCUCAUAUCCUCCUCCAAUCACACAGAUGCUGCUGAUCCUGCAGGGCAUUCAUGAACCUAAUGGACCUACGCAAGAGUAUUUCCGGCUCGAGAGGCUAGUGGACAUGGUUAUAUCGCCCUACCUGAGUAACUACCUCAACAUGAACCCAAGCAAUUCCUCUUCAGAGGAUCAUCUGGAAGGCCUGAGGUUGGUUGCCACUCCACACCUCAGUCAACCUGAGAUUAUGGUGACACAUUUUGGCCACGAGUCUUUCCUGGCACCUCUGAUCGAACACGAGGGUGAAGCCUAUUUGGAAAGGACCGGUGGUGUCCGACGUCACACAGUGGCCAAUGUGCAUUCGGACAUCCAGCUCCUGUCCAUGAAAAACAGGAUGUGUUCAGAAAAAGUGGAGGUCAGUGGGGCGGCCAGGAUGACCAAGACAGAGAGCAAAAGGACACCUAAGACUUUCUGCAGUAAACCGGCCUUUUUUGACUCCCGGCCAGGUGGCGUGGAAAUCCUCCGAGGGCAAAGCACUGCAGAGAUGAAGUGUGGCCUAACUAGUUAAAAAAAACUCUCUCUCACGCUCUCAAAACGCCCACUGAGAUCUUGUAAAGUUACGAUAACUGAGACAAGCUACAACGUGCUCGCUUAAUACAAUAUGGACUCUACUGCUGUGGAAAUGUGAGCUGUUUUGUGUGCUAAAUACUGUUUGGCCUGUCAGUGUAGCCUGUUUUUAAGAGCUUAAGAGUGAGGAGGAUGGUUGAAGAAGCUUUCACUUCAGCCGUUUCUUGUAAAGCACACCAAAAGUCACACUUUUUUCUGUUGUGGAGGUGGUAAAACGGUGUGAAAGUAUGCUGGUGAGCAAAAGGUUUACAAAGGUACAGCAGAAACCAUACGAGACAAACUAACGGCACUUCCUUACAAUUAAUGUCUUUACAUUCUCUUUCUUAAGCGGUCUUACCGUUUCAUUUCUUUGUAGUGGAAACUAAACAUGCUG